UGCCUCUGUAUAGGGUUUCGAUGGUUCUUUGGAUCGGAUUUUUUUUUUGGGAGGGGGGGGGGUUUAGUUUUUGGUGUGGGUUUUUUGUUGGGGUUUUUGAUGGGUUUUUGGGUUUUUUAUUUUUUGACGGAGUUUUAGGGGUUUUUUGUUUUGUUUUUAGGGGUUUUUUGUUUUUCAGUUUUUUAUGUCUUUUUUCAUUUUGAUGGGGUUGGACGCCCUGGUUCUUUUUUCGGUUAUGUUGCCCAAACUCUGCAAGUUC